AUGGCAUUCCGGGCCAGGGCGGCCAUGGUGAUGACAGGGCCCCAGCAUCCCCUGCGCUGGGCGCGGGCACUGGCCACCAGCGCGGCUGCGGCUCCCCGGGCGGCGCUGCCCUUCGAGGCCAUGCCCCGGUGCCCGGGCAGCAGGUGGCUGCGGGUGCUGCGCGUCUGGAGGGAGGGCUCCGAGGACCUGCACCUGCAGAUGCAGGACACCUUCCAGGAGCUGGGGCCCAUCUUCAGGUAUGACGUGGGAGGGAGGCACAUGGUGUGCGUGACGCUGCCCGAGGACGUGGAGAAGCUGAAGCAGGCGGAGGGCGGCCAGCCCCGCAGGAUGGUCCUGGAGCCCUGGCUGGCCCACCGGCAGCAGCGCGGCCACAAGCACGGCGUGUUCUUGCUAAACGGGCCGGCCUGGCGCUUGGACCGCCUGCGGCUGAACCCCGACGUGAUGUCGCCGCAGGCCGUCCAGAAGUUCGUCCCCAUGGUGGACAGGGUGGCGAGGGACUUCUGCAGCGCCCUGAUGGCGAAGGUGCAGCAGAACGCACGCGGGAGCCUGACCCUGGACAUCCAGCCCAGCAUCUUCUACUACACCCUGGAAGCCAGUAACUUGGUCCUUUUUGGAGAGCGGCUGGGCCUCCUCAGCCAGAGCCCGAGCCGGGCCAGCCUGGACUUCAUCCACGCGCUGCAGGCCAUGCUGGAGUCCACCAUGCGGCUCAUGUUCAUGCCCCGGAGCCUGUCCCGCUGGACCAGCCCGCAGGUGUGGAAGGAGCACUUUGAGGCCUGGGACUGCAUCUUCCAGUACGCCAACAGCUCCAUCAAGAAAAUCUACCAGGAGCUGGCGCUCGGCCGCCCCCGGCACUACAGCGGUGUGGUGGCGGAGCUGCUGCUGCACGCGGACAUGACGCUGGACGCCAUCAAGGCCAGCUCCAUCGACCUCACGGCCGGCAGCGUGGACACGACGGCCUACCCCCUGCUGAUGACCCUCUUCGAGCUGGCGCGCAACCCCGAGGUGCAGCAGGCGCUGCGUCAGGAGAGCCUGCAGGCCUCGGCCACCAUCUCCGAGAACCCCCAGAGGGCCGCCGCCGAGCUGCCCCUGCUGCGGGCGGCACUCAAGGAGACCCUGAGGCUGUACCCCGUGGGCAUCUCUGUGGACCGACUGUUGAACUCGGACUUGGUCCUGCAGAACUACCACAUCCCGGCAGGGACGCUGAUCACGGUGCAACUCUACGACCAAGGACGCAACCCCGCCGUGUUCGCGAGGCCCGAGCUCUACCACCCGCAGCGCUGGCUGCACCGGGGCUCGGGCGCCAGGCUGCCCCACCUGGCCUUCGGCUUCGGCCCCCGACAGUGCCUGGGGCGGCGCCUGGCCGAGAUGGAGAUGCUGCUGCUGCUGCACCACGUGCUGAAACACUUCCAGGUGGACACGCUCACGCAAGAGGAUAUCAAGAUGGUCUACCGGUUCGUCCUGAUGCCGUCCGUCACCCCGCUGCUGACCUUCCGGGCCCUCAGUUAG